AACAAAACCACAACACCGGCAUAGUACUGCCGAAUAGCCUCACCAUGCACUCGAGCUUAUCGCGCAUCCAGAAUGUCUUUGGCUUCUUCACAUCAGUGGCCUUUGCAGUAGCAGCAGCAAUUGCAGUCAGCGUGCUUCUAAGCCCCCAAACACCAUCGGCGUCUCUAGACCUCAAGAAUGUGCGAGUAGUCAAAGGAAGACCGCACUACUACUCCACCAAGCGCGAAGAAUACGCCCACGUAACCUUCGACCUCGAUGCCGACCUGAGCUCCCUCUUCAAUUGGAACACGAAACAAGUCUUCGCAUACAUCACCGCCUCAUACCCCUCGAAGAAGCCCGGCGAGAUUCCUGACUCCGAAGUCGUCGUCUGGGACGCCAUCAUCCCCCACGACCUCGCACCUUUCCACCCCAAUACGUACGUCCACCCUACACCCAGCGGUCAGAAGCAGAAAUCCAAAAAGCGAUCCCCAGACGCAAAAGCCUAUCCACCCGGCACCGAGCCCGGUAUCCUCCGUCUGAACAACCAAAAGCCAAAAUACCAGAUCACCGAUGUGUCGGGGAAGAUGGCGGAAAGGGAGAAUGCUACUUUGACUCUGCAUUGGAAUGUACAGCCUUGGGUAGGACUUUUGACUUGGACGAAUACGAACUCGUAUGGUCGAUGGCAGGGUUUGAAGGGUGGGAAGAGCAAGAGUUUUGAUUUCCCGGCUUUGAAAGCGAGUGAAGCGGUGAAAAAAGAGGAUCUUAAGACUGAGACUGGUGGGGAGCGGAAUCGGGGGAAACCGGCGUAGUUGAUCGGGAUAGGCAUGAAUCCGCACUCUCAAAAAUUUUGAAAUGGCUGUCUGAAGACUUCGAUCUCGGCCUGCUAC